GAGUAUUUCCGUUCUCCAGCGCUGGGCACCGCGGCCCGGAGCUGUGGGAUGGCAGCCAUGGGUGCCAGGCAGUGCUGAGAGCAGUGGGGCAUGGCUGCAGCCCUGCAGGUCCUGCCCCGCUUGGCCCGAGCCCCCUUGCAUCCACUCCUCUGGCGGGGCUCAGUGGCCCGUCUGGCCAGCAGCAUGGCCUUGGCAGAGCAGGCCAGGCAGCUGUUUGAGAGUGCUAUAGGUGCAGUGCUGCCGGGCCCCAUGCUGCACCGGGCACUAUCCUUGGACCCUGGUGGCAGACAGCUGAAGGUGCGGGACCGGAACUUUCAGCUGAGGCAAAACCUCUACCUGGUGGGCUUUGGCAAGGCUGUGCUGGGCAUGGCAGCUGCAGCUGAGGAACUACUGGGCCAGCAUCUUGUGCAGGGUGUGAUCAGCGUUCCCAAGGGGAUCCGUGCUGCCAUGGAGCGCGCCGGCAAGCAGGAGAUGCUGCUGAAGCCACAUAGCCAUGUCCAGGUAUUCGAGGGUGCGGAGGACAACCUCCCGGACCGCGAUGCACUGCGGGCUGCGCUGGCCAUCCGGCAACUGGCCGAGGGACUCACAGCUGAUGACCUGCUGCUCGUGCUGAUCUCAGGUGGGGGGUCAGCUCUGCUGCCUGCCCCCAUCCCACCUGUCACACUGGAGGAGAAGCAGACACUCACCAGACUGCUGGCAGCCCGUGGAGCCACCAUCCAGGAGUUGAACACCAUUCGGAAGGCCCUGUCCCAGCUCAAGGGUGGGGGGCUGGCUCAGGCCGCCUACCCUGCCCAGGUGGUGAGCCUCAUCCUGUCAGAUGUGGUGGGGGACCCUGUGGAGGUGAUUGCCAGCGGCCCCACCGUGGCCAGUUCCCACAAUGUGCAAGAUUGCCUGCAUAUCCUCAAUCGUUACGGCCUCCGUGCAGCCCUGCCACGUUCUGUGAAGACUGUGCUGUCUCGGGCCGACUCUGACCCCCAUGGGCCACACACCUGUGGCCAUGUCCUGAAUGUGAUCAUUGGCUCUAAUGUGCUGGCACUAGCUGAGGCCCAGCGGCAGGCCGAGGCACUGGGCUACCAGGCUGUGGUGCUGAGUGCAGCCAUGCAAGGUGAUGUAAAAAGUAUGGCCCAGUUCUACGGGCUGCUGGCCCAUGUGGCUAGAACCCGCCUCACCCCAUCCAUGGCUAGGGCUUCUGUGGAGGAAGAUGCACAGCUCCAUGAGCUGGCAGCUGAGCUUCAGAUCCCAGACCUGCAGCUGAAGGAGGCUCUGGAGACCAUGGCACGGGGAAGGGGCCCAGUCUGCCUGCUGGCUGGUGGCGAGCCCACAGUGCAGCUGCAGGGCUCGGGCAGGGGUGGCCGGAACCAGGAACUGGCCCUGCGUGUUGGAGCAGAGUUGAGAAGGUGGCCGCUGGGGCCGAUAGAUGUGCUGUUUCUGAGCGGUGGCACCGAUGGGCAGGAUGGGCCCACAGAAGCUGCUGGGGCCUGGGUCACACCUGAGCUUGCCAGCCAGGCUGUAGCUGAGGGCCUGGACAUAGCCACCUUCCUAGCCCACAAUGACUCACAUACCUUCUUCUGCCGCCUCCAGGGUGGGGCACACCUGCUGCACACAGGGAUGACAGGUACCAAUGUCAUGGACACCCACCUCUUGUUCCUGCGGCCUCGGUGAUGGCAUAGGUCACAUUUUGGGAGUUCAGAGGAGGCCUACAAGGGCAAGGUCAGAUGGCAGAGCAAGGUUGGUCCUCAGGGCCUCUCUAAGCCUUAGGGCUCCUCCUCUCCUUGGCCUUGGCUGUUUGUUUAGCUGUCACCUCCCACUCAGGGCCUCGGCUCUAUGUCCAUUCCCUUCCAGCCAGACUGGCAGAUGGGGGCUUCCCCCUACCCCUGAGGACUAGGACAAGCCCCUCGGCCAGUUCUGUGUUCCCGUGAUUCUCCCUCGGGCAGCCUCUCUCUUGAGCCCCUCACCCUGUUUCUUUCUGUGAAGCGAGAAUGUCUGAAAAUAAAUAGGACCAUGCCAUGGGUUCUCAGCAUGCCUUCCCUCAGAAUGAGGCCUCACGGGGGAGCUGCUCGGAGGGGAGCGUGGUAUGGCUGCAGCCACAGUGCCAGGGCCUGGCAGGACUCUUAACGCCCCUUUGCUGGGCUGGGUACAUGAAGGAUGUGCCUCACAUAACGGGAGCCUGUGCCUGUCUCUCUGGAGCAUGUGAGGGUUGAGCUUGGCUCCUGACAGCUUUGAUGUGCAUUAGCAGAGACCCCAGGGAGGACAGGCCUAAAGACUGCAGUCUGGGGUGACCAGCCACCCACCCACCCAACCAUGACUCCCCCAUGGCACUGUCACCAUGGCCUCUCCAGCCUCAGCUUGUAGGCCUCAUUGGAUGGACGUCCUUUCUGUCUUUGGACAGCCCUUAGCCACAUACUGCACUUCUCGUUGAGCUGAAGUUUGUCCCACCCCUCAGUGCUGUCUCCUUGUGACAGCCCUUGUCCUAGGCGGAACAUCCCCAGUUCCUUCAGCCACUCCUCUGGGGACCAAGUCCAGACCCUGAUGUCAGCCCUUCAGUGGGGAAUCCCAGCACUGGGAUGGUGGGUCCAGCCAGUGAUGAGGUCCAGUGGCCCACACCCCUUCCCGUGACCACUGGCGGAAGAAGAGGCAAGUGGGAAUAGAGGAACAGCUGUGUUGGCCUGGCCAGCAGCCUGGGUUGAGAGAGGGAGGUGCCACUGUCCUGCCUCCCUUUGGGCCCCCUUGCUCAGUGUCAGAGCCCUCCGCUGGCUGUCCCCGCCGUGCGCCACGGCUCCAAUCCCUAUAUGAGUGAGAAGUAGAAUCACAUAGGAAUAAAAAGCCAUAGAGAACAGCGAGGCCUGGGGCUGCUAUUGCAGGCACUUCUUCCACCCCAGCCCUCCCCUCCUCCCUGAGGGUGCUGAGGGGCCCUGGGCCAGGGCUGGCGGGACUUUCCCCUGGGAAGGGUUUCCCUUCCCCACCUGGGCUCUGGGCAGCCUAGCUUGCACACGGUUCAUGACCUGGGGGCCUGGCUCACACAGGGCAGGCUGGAGAUUGGGAGGGAGGUGAACAUGGUAAGCGGGCUCUGGGGACCAGGGAGGUUUAGGAAAAGGGGAGCUUGCACCCCACUGGGAUGCGCGGGCACUACUUCCUUCCCUUCUGUGCUGGCGUGGAGUUCCUGCUGACUAGGGUCACAGUCUCUGGGGUUAUGGUGAUCCUCACAUGAUCCUGUGCCGUGGUGCUCCUCUGGCAGCCUCUAUACGUAGCCUGUUCCUGCCUCAGUCCUUGCUCUUGGGAGCAUAAGUAUUGGCACUGGGUGCCAAGUUCCAGGCAAAAGCAGGAUAGGAGAGCUGGGGCAGGGGCUGAGGGCCUGGCAGCCAUGUCCCCAGUGUGUGUGUGUGUCGUGGGUGUGUGAGUAUACAGACGUUGGUGUUGGCGUACUGAGAGUGGGAAUGCAUCUGUGAGUGUACACAUAGGUACUUAGUACAGGGCACAUGACUCCCUGCAUCCCGCUGAGGGCUUUGGGUAUGGAUAGGAUCUUGCAGGAGGUUCCCCCUGCUCUACAUUGAUGCCUUCCCUAUACUUCUGUUUGUAGGGGCUGGGAUGCCAGGGCCCGGAUUGUACCUCAUAGGGCCAAAUAGUCUGUGAGCCUAACCCGUUAGAUUUGCUGACUGGAUACCCCAGAGAUAAGAAAGGAUGUAUUUGGCCACAGUCUAGAUGCUGAGAUGAGAUCAACCCUGCACAGUGAAUGUUUUGAUAGGAUUCAUUACUUGCUCCAUAAAUGUCAAUUUUGGAUCAUUAAAGUGCCCCUCCCUUGC